AUGGUAACUUCAAGCCAGGCUUGCGAGGCAAAUGUAGCAGCAGUUACAAGAAACUAUAAUAUUGCUCCUAGAAUGGAGUAUAGAACAGUUUCAGGAGUUCAGGGUCCAUUGGUUAUUUUAGAUAAUGUAAAGUUUCCAAAAUACAAUGAAAUUGUUAGAAUUACUUUAGGAGAUGGUUCAGUUAGAGAAGGACAAGUUUUGGAAGUUAAAGGAAGCAGAGCUGUAGUACAAGUAUUUGAGGGUACUACAGGUAUUGAUAAUCAAUCAUGUAGAGUUGAAUUUAGUGGAGAUGUAUUAUGUAUGCCGAUAACAGAGGAUAUGUUAGGAAGGACAUUUAACGGAAGUGGAAAACCGAUUGAUAAUGGCCCUCCAAUUUUUGCUGAGGAUUAUAUUGAUAUUAAUGGUAGUCCAAUUAAUCCAUAUUGCAGAGUUCAUCCAAGAGAAAUGAUCCAAACAGGAAUUUCAGCAAUUGAUGUAAUGAACUCAGUUGUUAGAGGUCAAAAGAUUCCAUUAUUUUCAGCUGCAGGACUUCCACAUAAUGAUAUUGGUGCUCAGAUUUGUCGUCAAGCUUCUUUAGUAUCUGGUAAAGAUGUUAUGGAUCAUUCUGAUGACAAUUUUGCUGUAGUAUUUGCUGCUAUGGGAGUUAAUAUGGAAACUGCAAGAUUCUUUAGACGUGAUUUUGAAGAGAAUGGUUCUAUGGAAAGAGUUUGCCUCUUUUUGAAUUUAGCUAAUGAUCCAACAAUUGAAAGGAUUUUAACUCCAAAGUUAGCAUUAACAACAGCAGAAUAUUUGGCUUAUGAAAGAGAUUUACAUGUAUUUGUUGUUAUGACAGAUAUGAGUUCUUAUGCAGAUGCUCUUAGAGAGGUUUCAGCAGCAAGAGAAGAGGUUCCAGGUAGAAGAGGUUAUCCUGGUUAUAUGUAUACAGAUCUUUCAACAAUUUAUGAAAGAGCUGGAAGAAUUGAGGGUAGAAAUGGUUCAAUAACUCAGUUCCCAAUAUUAACAAUGCCAAACGAUGAUAUUACACAUCCAAUUCCAGAUCUUACUGGUUACAUUACAGAAGGACAAAUAUUUGUUGAUAGAGCUCUCUAUAACAGACAGAUUUAUCCACCAAUUAAUGUUUUACCAUCAUUGUCUCGUCUUAUGAAGUCUGGUAUUGGUGCUGGUCUAACAAGAGAAGAUCAUCCAUCAGUUUCUGAUCAGCUUUAUGCUAAUUAUGCUAUUGGUCAAGACACCAGAGCUAUGGUUGCUGUUGUAGGAGAGGAGGCUCUUUCAUCCGAUGAUUCAUUAUAUCUUGAGUUUACCAGUAAAUUUGAAUCUAAAUUCCUUUCUCAGGGUCCAUAUGAAAAGAGAGAUAUUUUUGAAAGUUUGGAUCUUGCUUGGGAACUUCUCAGAACAUUCCCUGAGGAUAUGCUUAAGAAAAUUAAGCAUGAUUUAUUACAAAAGUAUUAUCCAAGAGACAGUUAUAUUCAGCAUUCCAAAUAG